AUGGAGCAAGAAGCGGUUUUUGAUGUUGGUAAUUUCGAUGAACGAGAUAUCUCGUUGACUGAGACACCUCGGGAUCCGUCGCACUACUUGCAGCAGGUUACUUUGUCGCGUGCACGUUGUCCAGAAGUAGUUGCUGCAAAGACAAUUCCCUUAAAAAUUGCCACUUCUGCAAUAGCCGAGGAUUUGUUGUUCAGCUGUGAACCGCCUUCUGAAUGGUCUGUUGCCAUGAGUGAUAAAUUUUCAAUACAACGAUCCCGUAUUAGUGCUCAAAAGUGGCAUUGGAGGAAAACUAUAACUUUUAAAUGGCCAAGCUUAAAAGAUCCCGACCAGUGGCGAAUAUUCUGUCUGGAGGAACGGAAUAGCUCAUUUCCAAUGAAAGCAGGAGAUGUUUCACUGUUUGCGCACCAUCGCGGUAAUCCGCCAACAUUAGGACUCGUGUUUAGUUUGUCGGAACAACAAGUCAAUAUUGUGAUUCAAUAUCUUAUAGAUGUUUUUCUUGAAGAGGGCUAUACGAGAGCACUAUUUGAAUGGAUAUAUGCGCUAAUGUUGGUUCUUCAGAAACCGUUAACGCACGAUGUAUGUUCAUCGAUACGCCAAUUGGCUAAACAUUCACGUGUUUUGCGAAAUACAUUGAAUGAAGAAACGCAAAGUGGUAGCACAAUAUAUGAUGAAUUCUCAUUAUUUAUCGCAGUUGUUGGUGUUUAUUUCGAGCAAUUAGAUAUCGCUGAUCAGAUCUCUUAA